GGAUCCUCAGUCGUGCAGUACAUUCAAGAAGUAGGCAGACAUGAAGGCGUUCGUUGUUUUCACCAUGGCCCUGGCUAUUGCCAGCGCGGCGGCAGUCGACGAGUCUAAGAAGGACAAGCGCGGUUUGUGGGAACUGGGAUCCACGCAGGAGGAGUCCUACGAGACGUAUGGAUAUGAUCAUCAUCAAUCUCACGGAUACUACGGCAAUGACCACGUUGAGAAGGAGGUGAAGCAGGUGAUCACCAAGAAGGUGCCAGUACCAUACCCAGUGGAGGUCGAGAAGCAUGUCCCGGUCGAAGUGAAGGUCCCGUAUCCCGUGGAGGUUGUCAAGAAGGUCCCGGUCGUCGUCGAGAAGAAGGUUCCAGUGUACGUCGAGAAGAAGGUCCCAGUCCACGUUGACCGUCCUUACCCCGUGGAAGUGAAGGUUCCAGUCGAGGUUCCAGUCUACAAGAAGGAGUACGUCGAGGUCCCGAAGCCAUACGCAGUUCAUGUUGAUAAGCCUUACCCCGUGUACGUGAAGCAGCCCGUUUACGUCGAGAAGCCAGUUCCAGUGACGGUGCACAUCAAGGAACACCACAAGAAGCCUUUCUGGGGUUAAUAAAAAGUUUGCA